GAUUCAGACGCAGAACAAUCGAUUUCGUCAUCUCCCGCUUCUUAUCUAAUUAAUAUAGAAAAAUAUCAACUGAUGAGUAUUCAUGUCACAGUCGCAAGAAUUAAUCCUGAUAUAUCAACUAAAUUA